UGGUAAUCUUGCAGUAUUUUUUUUAUUUUUAUUUUGACAGCUUUUUCUCAAUACCCUUUUUUCCAGGCGCUUGAUUAGUUUGAUCAAACCUUAUUACCCUCAUUGCCCUCGCCCCCGCUCGAGCCAUCUGCCCCCGCUAUAGUCACAGGAGUGACCAACGUUCCAACCGCACUGUCGCUCCUCAGUUCAGUGCUGGUGCGCUUUGGACUGCACACUUGACUCGCUCAUUUACAGAAACGGAUUUCCUAUACAGACUAUGCUUUCGUUGACACGUUUUAGCAAGCGACGAUAUGCUGAAUCCACGGAUGAACGAUAGGUUGUUGACAGUUAUUUUUAGUUCCCGCCGUACGAUGAUAGAGAAACGGUCAGCGAAAUCACCAGUGCCGCACUGUUACAAGUGAGGUGCAACCUACGGUCAAGUGAGGUCCCACUUGGCAGGAAUCGUAAAACGAUGAAGUCUAGAAGGGACAAGCUUAAAAUCCCUUCCCUUACUUUGGAUUUGUCACCCACUUGCCAGAGUCCAACACUAUUGAGUCCAUGCAGCCCCUGCAGCCCCUUACAAACCCUGCAUCCCUGGAGUUGUCGGAGCAGCAACAGGAAGAGUCUUGGUGUGGGGACGCCGUCGCCCACUCUUUCCCGCCCUCUCUCGCCUCUCCCUGUCCACACUGCUGCGAGCAGUCCCCUAGACAGCCCCCGAAAUGUGUCCACCUGUGCCUCCCUCAAUUUCCCCUUUGCUCGCAGGAGUGACUUCAGCCACAUGGCUCGUACUGACAGAGCGGACGGCAGGAGAUGGUCUUUGGCGUCCCUCCCCUCCUCUGGCUAUGGAACCAACCCGCCAAGUUCCACCGUCUCUUCGUCCUCCUCUUCCCAGGAGCGUCUCCAUCAGCUCCCCUACCAGCCCACCCAGGACGAGCUCCACUUCCUGUUCAAGCACUUCCGGAGCUCGGAGAGCGUGACUGACGAGGAGGUGCGCCCCUCUCCGUUGAUGCGUCCUCGCUCUCGUAGCCUCAGUCCCGGAAGAACGAUGGGUUCAUUUGAUAAUGAGAUUGUCAUGAUGAACCAUGUUUACAGAGAAAGAUUUCCCAAGGCCACAGCGCAGAUGGAGGAGCGUCUACUGAACAUCGUCACUGCCUGCUCCCCAGACAGCAGCCUGCCCUUGUCUGACGGCGUGCUGGGCUUCAUCCAGCACCAGCUGGUGGAGCUGGUCCGAGACUGCCUGGACAAGUCCCGCACCGGCCUGGUCACCUCGCGCUACUUUGUGGAGCUGCAGGAGAAGCUGGAGAAGCUUCUCCACGAGGCGUAUGAUCGUUCGCAGAGCGAGGAGGUCGCUGUCAUCACUCAGCUGGUGAAGAAGAUCCUGAUCAUCAUUUCCCGCCCGGCAAGGCUGCUUGAGUGUCUGGAAUUUGACCCGGAAGAGUUCUACCAUCUGCUGGAGGCAGCUGAGGGUCAUGCCAAAAUGGGGCAGGGAGUUAAGACGGACAUCCCACGUUACAUAAUCAACCAACUGGGAUUGACUCGUGACCCCCAUGAAGAUAUGGUUCAGCUUGAACACUAUGAGUCUCCUCCAUCAAUGACAGUGGAGUCUGAUGAAUCCAUGGAGAUGAGGUGUUCCCAGGCGCUCACCGCAACGCGCAGGAAACCCCUGGAGAGUGACUUUGACACCAUCAAGCUCAUCAGUAAUGGAGCCUAUGGGGCUGUGUACCUAGUCCGACACAGAGAGACCCGGCAGCGUUUCGCCAUGAAGAAGAUCAACCGGCAGAACCUGGUGCUGAGGAACCAGAUCCAGCAGGUGUUUGUGGAGCGGGACAUCCUGACCUUUGCAGAGAACCCCUUCGUGGUCUCCAUGUUCUGCUCCUUCGAGACCCGGCGCCACCUGUGCAUGGUGAUGGAGUAUGUGGAAGGUGGGGACUGUGCCAACCUGUUGAAGAACAUGGGCCCCCUCCCGGUGGACAUGACCCGGAUGUACUUUGCCGAGACGGUCCUGGCCCUAGAGUACCUUCACAACUACGGCAUCGUUCACCGGGACCUCAAACCUGACAACUUGUUGAUCACUUCCAUGGGCCACAUCAAACUGACUGACUUUGGCCUGUCCAGGAUUGGCCUGAUGAACAUGACUACAAACCUAUAUGAGGGUCACAUGGAAAAGGACACAAGGGAAUUCAUCGACAAACAGGUGUGUGGUACCCCUGAGUACAUCGCCCCAGAGGUGAUCCUGAGGCAGGGCUAUGGGAAGCCAGUGGACUGGUGGGCCAUGGGAGUCAUCCUCUAUGAGUUCCUCGUGGGCUGUGUGCCCUUCUUUGGGGACACGCCAGAAGAACUCUUUGGGCAGGUGGUCAGUGAUGACAUCAUCUGGCCCGAUGGAGAAGACGCUUUGCCGGCAGAUGCUCAGGACAUGAUCACACGGCUGAUGAGGCAGAGCCCACUGGAGCGCCUGGGAACAGGCGGAGUGUCCGAGGUCAAACAACACCCCUUUUUCUUGGGUCUGGACUGGAACGGUUUGCUGCGACAGAAAGCGGAGUUCAUUCCUCAGCUGGAGGCGGAAGAUGACACCAGCUACUUUGACACUCGCUCAGACCGGUACCACCAUUUGGCCUCGGAUGAGGAUGACGAAACCAACGAUGAAGAGUCUUCCCUGGAAAUCCGACAGUUCUCCUCCUGGUCAAACCGCUUCAGCAAGGUGUACAACAGCACAGAACACCUGUCCAACCUGAGCUUCUCGUCGGACCGCAGCCACAGCGAGGACAAGGAGGGCUGGGAUGGGCGCUUUACCCCCUCCCCGGGAGGCGAUGUCCCGAGGCAGGAACGCCAGCGCCAGGAUCGCAAGGGCAGCCUUCGCCCGCGGGCCUCAUCCAGUUCCUCGCAGCCGGAGAGGAGUGUGGGCCCUUUGGUGUUAAGCAGCACCCACAGUCUAGAGACCAUGCCUCGCUUCGCCUUCUCUACGGACGAUGAAGCCGAGGUGGUCGUGUCGAACCUGCAUCGGAUCCGGAUCCGCAGCAACAGCACCGGAGCAAAACACUCCUCCCCCAAGGACCACAGGGUGCCCAGACGCUUUGGGAACCAGCUGGAGACGCCCGACAGACGGGCAUCAGACAGACAGCGGCUUGGGGGCAAAGUCCCCAAGUCUUCAUCCGUGUCUGCCCUGUCCCUGAUCAUCACUGCAGACGACCAGCCAGGCAUCGGCCCCGUCUCCCCGCGCUCGUUCUCGUCCAACCCCUCGUCCCGGGACUCGUCCCCCAUCCGGGACCUGUCGCUCAGCCUCAGCAGCCUGCAGCCGCCCGUUAUCAUCCACAGCUCCGGGAAGAAGUACGGCUUCACGGUGCAGGCCAUCCGCGUCUACAUGGGUGACAGCGACCUCUACACUGUGCACCAUGUGGUCUCAAGCGUGGAGGAUGGCAGCGCGGCCCACAAGGCAGGUCUGAGAACCGGCGAUCUCGUCACCCACGUGAACGGGGAGUCGGUGCAGGGCCUGGUCCACACUGAGAUGAUGGAGCUGCUUCUGAAGAGCGGCGGUAAGGUGUCCCUACAGACGACUGCGUUGGAGAACACGUCGAUCAAGGUCGGCCCGGCCCGAAAGACCUCCCACAAGGGCAAGAUGGCAAGACGUUGCAAGAAAAGCAAGAGAAGGGACAAUCAGGACAGGCGGCGGAGCGUCCUGAAGAAGCUGUCCAAGCAGAGCACCGUGAUGCACAACAGCCGAAGCUUCAACUCUGGAGGCCUGCAGCACCACUCUGUUUCGUCCAGCGAGAGCCUGCCGGGCUCCCCCACUCACAGCCUGUCGCCGGGCCCCUCCACGCCCUGCCGCAGCCCCGUCCCCGACCACCAGGCUUCAGACAUCAACUCACCCCAGAGCACGUCUCCCUGCUCCAGCUCUCCCAGCUCCCCGGCCGCCCACAUCCGUCCCAGCACCCUGCACGGCCUGGGCUCCAAGCUGACCACCCAGCGCUUCACCAAGGUGUGCCGCCGCAAGUCCACCAGCAGCAUACCCCCGUCCCCGCUGGCCUGCAACUCCUCCCCGCAGCCCCUGUCACCCCAGCGCUCCCCCUCCCCCCUACCCGGCAUCACCAAGACCUUCCACGCCUUCCACGGAAACACCCUGUCUCCCCCCGCCAUCGUCCGGCAUUGCGCGCGGCCCCACAGCGCCGAGCCCCCCCGCUCGCCCCUCCUGAAGAGGGUGCAGUCCGCCGAGAGGCUCUCCGGCUCCUACCGCGCCGACAAGAAGCCGCAUGCUCACCGCAGGCACACGCUGGAGGUGCCCCUCCGGGGCGAGGAGGUGGACGUGGACGGGGUCUGUGGCGGGGGGGCGCUCCCCUAUGUCGGGGACCAUGGGAGGCUGCCGGCGGGGUACGGGAGUUACCAGAGGCUGAGGGACUGGGCGGCGGAGCGCUCGCAGCAGCUGGUGGUGAUGAGGAAGCUCAACCUGUCGGAGCGCCGGGACUCCUUCAAGAAGCAGGAGGCCGUGCAGGAGGUGAGCUUUGACGACCCCGACGACCAGAAGACCAGCCCGACACUCACCGUGACGCUCAGCGCCCCGGGGGCCAACCGGCUUCCGCAGCGGGCAGCCUCCUGGACGCCCACGUCCCAGCCCAGCGAGGACGGCGCCGUGGCGAAACGCUUGGUGCCUCAGAUUGCCGUUCAGGGCUCGACGGAGAGCGAGGAGCAGGAUGAUUGGGAGCCGUGCUCGGACGAAGAGGAGGAGGAGGGCGGCGGCGGUGAGACGCAGCAGCCCGAUUCGACGGAAAACGACAACGGCCAGCAGCAGCCGAGCAGAGAUGUUGCCCUUACGGUAAACAUCUCCAGUAACGCACAAGAGGCAACAGCUGCUUUGCACAGAGACAAGCCCACCUUCGAGAAAACCGGCACUACUCCAGUGGAAGCCAGUCCUGAGAAAGAUAAACUAAUGAAGUGACAUUUCCUUGACUCAUUUCAGUCAGCCAUAUCUUCCCAAGAUGCACCUUGACACUCACUGCUGAAGGAAGGAAACAUCUGUGGUGAAAUAACAUUUCCCUUCCUAUGAAACAAUUCACUUUCUUUUCCUGCUAGAUUUCACUUUGUUGUGUAACUAUAUAACACUAGGAAAUAGGCUGUAUUUUAUUCCUGCGUCUUAACUGUUCAUUUUAUAAGCUAAUAGGAUUUAUAAUGUGUCUGAAAAGGGACAGUAUUCAAGUGACUAUCCAAGGUUAAACUUUACGCACACAAAACACGAUUUGUCUAUAUGAUUUUUCUAGAAAAGUCUAUUUUUAAACAUGGCAUAAAGAAGUUGUUUGUUAUAGGAGCUAAUAGAAGUCAUUUUUGGAAAGAAAAGAUUGGACUGAUCAUUUCUUACACCAAAUUUAAGAAUGAAAAAAAAUUUAAGGGCAACUGAACUCACCAACUUGGCCUAGUUUUCAAGCCUUCUCAUUAAGAAAUACAGCUACCAUGACUGAAGCCAAAUGAGAGUUCCCUUGAAGGUCCCUCCCAUCUGACCUCCUCCAGAGGAGACGAAACACAACACUAGGUGUAGGAAAUUGAGCUUUUCCCUCUGAGUUUAACAAUUAGCCUCAGCUUACUUGAUUAUUUGAGUGCUGCCAUUUGUGGGCAUGUUCUGGGACGUUGUCCGUGACACAAAUGUUUUGUGACCUUCUGUUUUGUACGACACUGACUUCAUAACCAAAAUGAUCCUAUUCAUGCUUUGUAUUAUUACAUGGCUGUGUGACUCCCUAUAUGUGAUUAUGGCCUCGCUUCAUUGCAGCAACAACCAGCGGUAUCUUUUUAAAAUGCCCACCUGGCCAGGAAGUAUUUUCCAGGGACCACCAAAUGCCGGAAGAGAGCAAAUCCCCCAGCCAACGAUCACAAUUGGGCUUGCAGGAGCCCCACCUGCCCAAAUAUGUCGUGUGAUGAGACCACCCAGGCCUGUCUGAAGUCCCCCUCACUCACCCCGCAUGGCGCUGAGAUGAUUUGCAAAGCUCUCUAACGGACCGCUAGUUACUGUCAGAAUGCAGCGACCAGAAUUGGAACUAUUGUCUGCACUUGCAUAGAUAUAGUGUGACAGUGACUUAAUUGCUUACUUUUUGUAGAAACCAUUUAAAAACAAAAUGUGAUUUUGCAGUUCAGUUGCACUUCUAUUUCUAGGGAUUAUUUUAAAGUUUUUCUGAUGUAGGCUUGAAAGCUAGGACUUUAUAGUUAUACUACAAGUAUAUUUGGAAUCAUAUAAUCAUGUUUUGGUUGAUUUAAAGGCAUCACAGAAAAAAUUUAUUAGCUAUCUGCCUUGUGUUCUCUUAAGCCAUACAUUUGUAUUUUUUUGUGACCACAGCUCUUAUUUCCUUGCUUUCGGGCAUAACAGUAGCAGGGAAAUGGAGGAUCCUUCAAAGUCAUUAUUUUCAAGCAUUCAAGUGCAAAUCUCAUUUAAUCAGAGGGUAUUUACUCAAAUCUUAGUUUUGAAAGCUAUUAUUUCACAUGAAAGGCAGACAACUAUUUUAGUUUUUUUUUUACUGGUGAAGAUUUUGCACAAUAUUCUGUCCUAACCAUUCUAGUAAUUUACCCUUGACCGUGUCCACUCUCCUUGGCUUCCUGGUUCUUCAGUACUGAAACUCAUGGCAACAGGUUUUAUUUAUUUCGCUGAAAUCGUUACUGGAUUUAAGUCAGUUGAACAAGGGUGUAGCUUGGCAAUUGGCACAUUUUAGUACACUUCAAAAGCACAAAGGUUUUAUUAAUUUAAAAUAGUGCCUCCACGUGCCACACAGACAGUGGUUGGCAUCAUCGUGUUAGGAGAAAGCACAGUUAGUACUGCUUUAAGACCUAUUUAAGCUGCAUCCUGGCAUACAGCUGUCCAGGUAACACCUUCAAGUAACAAACCCAUUCUUAUUUUCAGUCUGUUGUUUACACUGGGGUGAAAUGCACUAAGGAAAAUUAUAUUUUGACUCCAGGUUGUUGUUUUUUCAAACUGAUGUCCUAGUGAGUUGAUAGCAGCAAUGGAGUGACUCCCCGUACCCUCAGCCUGAACCCUGGGCGUUAAUAGCAAAGAAAUGUGCUAGUUUAAUGCCUUUGUACUGUACAUGUAUUUGUGUAUACUGUAUAUUUUGAUAUCUAAAUCUGUUAGUGCCCAAUUCAUAAUUAUUGUACUUGAUGGAUGUUUUGUAGUGCAACCAACUGACCUGAGCCACAUGCGAUGUGACCAACCAUGGCUGUAAGAAUGGGCCCCUGAUAAUUCCAGGGUGAUGCUUGUCUUCAAUUCAAAUCUCUUUUGAACACUGAGUAUGGUCAUUUAAUACACUACAGUAGUCCUGAUGGUUAAUAUUGUGUCAAUAUUGGUACUUGUUAUUUAACUCUAUGUAUAUGACCAAUGAGAGGGGUGGUGCUUUGAUAGGUAAGGACCACCUAUAUAUUUUCAGAUUUUAUGAACUGCUCCAGAAGUCAGUGGUGGUGAAAGCAAGUUACUGGGUAUAAGACAUGCUUGCUCACAAAGCCGGUCAGAAUUGUUUACAGUGAACGAAAAUGCUAUGUAAUUAAAACAGACAGUAUUUUUUAAUCCUGUAUUUCUACUUGAUGAAAUCACUCUUUGAUACCUUGUACGGUGUAGCUAUUGUGUCACAGUCUGAACAAAUCAACACUGCAUUGUUUUAAAGGUUUUACUCAAUGACCCAUUUAUGGCACUUCCUAAUUGUUAUGUAGGAAUGAUGUAUGAUGCAUUUUGUUUACCUGUUUACUAUUGCACGCAUGUUGCAUGAAAUAAGGACACACGAUACUUGAUUGCAUGGUACUAUAGGUUUGUUCAGCCUCUACUGUUUUCUUCCGUGUCUGGCUCUGUGCACACAGUAGUCAACCAGGUCUGACACGCAACGCCCUGAACAGACUGGAGGUCCGUUUUCUAAUCGUUUUUUAAGUAUGUUUUCUUUUUCGCCACCUGUGUGUACAUGAAAUCUGAUAAUCUUCCACUCUCCUGGGAUGUAAUGUGUUUUUACUUUUUCUUGCCACGGCAGUCAGGGAUCUCUUUAGUCAAAGUCAUGAGGGAUUCAUGUGAUUCACCAAGGGCCAGGAGUGAGAUUCAAGGUCCAGCUACAGAUCAGGUCUACAGUACCUGGCAUCUUGUAUUUUUUCUAACAGAAAUUAGUUAUAGAGAAGGUGAUCUCUGACAGGGUCGGAUGGACACGCAAGAGCAUGUCCAACUUAUGUCGUUCCCACCACCACCACCUUUGGUUAAAUGAUGUGAUUUUGUUUGAAAUGCUGAAGGUAUAGCCCCAGUGUGCAUUUUAUGUGAUUACACUAUAUAAUGUGUGACGGUCUUCAUGUUGCUUUUAUUUAAAGGCAGUUUGUUUCCGUUCUCCGUUUAUUUUUUUGUGAGUUGAAAACUAUGUAUGGAGAUAUUCUGAAUUAUACAUUGUGAAUUGAUGUUCCCGAGCAGCCUGUAUUUCUCUUGAGGUUAUCUGUGGGUUUUUCUUUGUAUCCCCAACAAUUCUUCUGGCAGU